AGGUAAAAUCUAAAUUGCAUGCGUCUCUAUUGGUCAAGAAAACUGCCCUCGUAUACAUCUCCCUCUUCCUUGUACGCAUAAUGUAGGGAAAAACACACACCUCUGAUUGCAUGUUCAGCCUUUGGUCAAGAGAAUGGCCAUUUUUCUAUCACACCCUCUUCUCUUUGGGCGCACAACAAAGGAAAGAGACACCAUUCUGGUCGCUCAUGCAUUUUGGUCCAGAAAAUAAUUUAGCCCUCAUCCCAUCCUUCCCUAAGCCGCUAGUCCAAAGAGGAGGACAUCAACACUCAAGCUUACGUUCCUCUCUUUUCCCCAUUGCUCGGUCAAACCCCAAGUUCAAGGAGCUGAAAACUCGAUUCCUUGCAAGGAAGAGCGCUAUAAUUAAGUCCUGACCCAUCUUCCCUUACAUGCAAGAACAAGUGAGUAUUCCUCCAUCUUGUUCACUCUCUGAUUUUUUUGCACAUGAGCGUAUGGGUGACCCAUUUCUGUAUUCUGUUUCUGCUCGACUUCUUGGGUGUUGGGAGUGUGAGGAUGCUAGCACAACCCUUGGUGACUGCCCCCUUGGCUGAAAAGCGAGCUUUUAAUGUACAUGCAAGGAGCAUAACACGAAGGAAGAACGCUUUGAGCUUCUCUACCGAUUCAGAGUUGUAUUACUUUGUCAAUCUUCUCUCAACAAAGAUCAAUACACGCUUCAAGAUUUCCACCUUCUUUGAAGAGCGGUUCUCCACCUUGGUUCUUCGUCCUUCAUUCUUGGGAUGUUGUCAUCAUCAAAGUUUGCCAACGAAUUGCUAAGGGCACUAAGAGGAAACGAGGAUUGGAAAUUCAAUAUCACCAAAACUGAAUUGCAUACAUUUUGGUUUCGGAUGAAAGAUGAUUCCAUUAACUCAAGAAUGCGAAUCUUCUUUGACAUGUGUAACAGAAACAUGGAUGGAAGAAUUACCGAGAUGGAUAUAAAGCAGCUGAAGCAGCCACAAAGAAAUACCAAUUUGAUGCUUCACGAAGGGUUCGGUUGCGCAAUGGCCCUUCUCGAACAAAGUCCAUGCUCUUCAGGAAAGAGGAACCAUAUUAUGGGAAUAAUGGGCAAUGAUUUAUGGUACCAUUUUCAUGAACAAGGGCAGAAGCAAGAAAAAGGUUUAACAAGGUGUGGGAAAAGUUGCAGACUUCGUUAGUUGAAUUACUUGAAGCCAGAUCUAAAUCAUGGGAACUACACCCAAGAGGAAGUUGAAUUAAUCAUCAAAUUACACCAACAACUUGGAAAUAAGUAUAUAAGUUUUCUGUUUUUUAUAAUUUAUUCUAAAUUUAAUGGCUAUUGUUUAUUUAUUUUACAUGAAUCAUAGAUUUUGAGUGUCCAAGUGAUCCAUUACUUUUGUAUAUGUUUUGGGUGAGUUCUAUACAAUGGAAAUGUUGACAAUGCAACGCUAUUAUAAAACCAUAAAGAAGA